CUUGAUAUUCAAUCAAUCGCUGCCACAGAGAAAUUUAUAGCUUCUGGUUAUUUUUCUUGUUUUCGGUUUAGCAACUCCAGUUUUAACAAUAUCAGAAUCAAUGGCAACACAAGUUUCUGACCAUGCAAAGAAGGGCAAUAGUGUGGGAGUCAAGUUUCUCCUGGAACUCCCCAAAACCCUAAGCACAUCAAGCAAGAAAUGGCAUCAAGCAUUCAUCAAGAUUUACAGCUCAAGAACUAUCCUCAACUGCGCCAAACACACCAUCCGAAAACCAGGUUUGUUUCCACGCUCCAUUUCCUACACCGCCGUUGAUAUUGACCAUCAUCAAGGAGACUUCACGAUCGAUAAAGAAACUCAAGGAGACUUCACGAUCGAUAAAGAAACCCUAAACGAUCUCGUGAAGAACAAGAACCAAGAGAAACUCGAGUCUCUUGGUGGUACUGAUGGCUUAGUCUCAGCUCUCAAGACUAACACGCGUCUAGGGAUCAACGAAGAAGCCGAUGAGAUUCAACGUAGGCGUUCAAUGUUCGGUUCCAACACUUACACCAGACCACCAUCGAAGAGUCUCAUCAAUUUUGUGGUGAAAGCUUUCAAAGAUCUCACGAUUCUCAUCCUUCUCGGCUGCGCAACGCUCUCACUCGGGUUUGGGAUCAAAGAGCACGGACUGAAAGAAGGAUGGUACGAUGGAGGAAGCAUAUUCGUAGCGGUUUUCUUGGUGGUAGCCGUCUCUGCGGUCAGCAACUUCAGACAGAGCAGACAGUUCGACAAACUCUCCAAAGUAAGUAGCAACAUCAAGAUAGAUGUCGUAAGAAACGGACGUCGCCAAGAGAUCUCGAUUUUUGAUAUCGUCGUUGGAGAUAUCGUUUGUUUAAACAUCGGAGACCAAGUUCCAGCGGAUGGAGUGUUCGUUGAAGGACAUUCGCUGCAUGUAGACGAAUCAAGCAUGACCGGAGAGAGCGACCAAAUCGAGGUAAACCUAAACGGAAACACAUUCUUGUUCUCCGGUACUAAAAUCGCUGAUGGGUUUGGUAAAAUGGUGGUUACUUCCGUUGGGAUGAACACAGCUUGGGGACAAAUGAUGAGUCACAUCUCCCGCGACACAACCGAACAAACUCCGUUGCAAACCCGUCUCAACAAGCUCACUUCGUCUAUAGGUAAGGUCGGUUUACUCGUAGCUUUCUUGGUUCUUCUUGUUCUUUUAGUCCGUUAUUUCACUGGAAGCACGAAAGACGAGAGCGGCAACCGCGAGUAUAAUGGUAAGAAGACGAAAAGCGAUGAAAUCGUGAACGCGGUUGUUGAAAUGGUUGCGGCUGCGGUUACGAUUAUAGUGGUUGCGAUACCUGAAGGGUUACCAUUAGCUGUGACAUUAACAUUAGCGUAUUCGAUGAAGAGAAUGAUGAAAGAUCAAGCUAUGGUGAGGAAGCUAUCUGCUUGUGAGACAAUGGGGUCUGCUACCACUAUCUGUACCGAUAAAACCGGGACUUUGACGCUUAACCAAAUGAAGGUAACCGAGUUCUGGUCCGGUUUAGAAUCAAGAAACGCUUCUUCUUCUCUGUCUCGGACAGUUCUUGAAUUGUUUCACCAAGGAGUUGCAAUGAACACUACAGGAAGUGUGUUUAAGGCUGACUCUAACUCAUCUGAGUACGAAUUCUCCGGUUCUCCGACGGAGAAAGCGAUAUUAAGCUGGGCGGUUGAGGAGCUGAAGAUGGAUAUGGAGGAAGUGUUGAGAGAACACGAGGUUCUUCACUUUGAAGCUUUUAACUCAGAGAAAAAGAGAAGUGGUGUACUGAUCAAGAAGAGAGGAGAGAUCACAGUUCACUGGAAAGGAGCUGCUGAGAAGAUUCUAGCUAUGUGUUGUACGUUCUACGAUGGCUAUGGAGUCGCGAAAGAGAUUCAAGAAGACGAUAAGGUUAAGUUCGAGAAGAUCAUUCAAUCAAUGGCAGCUAAGUCCCUCCGCUGCAUCGCCUUUGCGUAUUCAGAACGUAACGAUAACAACGAGACGAAGAAGCUAAAAGAAGAGAAUCUCACCUUACUUGGAAUCAUCGGAAUCAAAGAUCCGUGUCGACCAGGAGUCAAAAAAGCCGUGGAGGAUUGUAAACUCGCUGGAGUAAACAUCAAAAUGAUCACGGGAGAUAAUAUUUUCACGGCGAGAGCAAUCGCUGUAGAGUGUGGGAUCUUAAUACCUGAAGACGAGACGAACGAAGACGCCGUGUUAGAUGGAGAAGCGUUUCGAAGCUACACUCAGCAACAACGAUUAGAGAAAGUCGAAAGGAUCAAAGUGAUGGCGAGAUCCUCACCGUUCGAUAAGCUCUUGAUGGUGAAAUGCCUCAAAGAGCUAGGUCACGUCGUGGCGGUUACAGGCGACGGAACAAACGACGCACCGGCGUUGAAAGAAGCUGAUAUCGGACUCUCGAUGGGGAUCCAAGGCACGGAGGUGGCGAAAGAGAGCUCCGACAUCGUGAUCCUCGACGAUAACUUCGCCUCCGUCGCGACCGUUUUGAAAUGGGGGAGAUGCGUUUACAACAACAUCCAGAAGUUCAUCCAGUUCCAGCUCACCGUCAACGUGGCGGCUCUCGUGAUCAAUUUCGUCGCGGCUGUUUCCGCCGGCGAAGUUCCGUUGACGGCGGUUCAGUUGCUUUGGGUGAAUCUGAUCAUGGACACGCUCGGCGCGUUGGCUUUAGCUACAGAGAAGCCGAGUAACGAUCUUAUGAAGAAUAAACCGGUCGGUCGAACCGGGCCUUUGAUUACGAACGUCAUGUGGAGGAAUCUGUUGGCUCAAGCGGUUUACCAGAUCGCUGUGUUGUUGGUGUUUCAGUUUCGAGGGAAGGAGGUUUUUGAUGUGACGGAGAGAGUGAAGAACACUUGGAUAUUCAAUACGUUUGUGUUGUGUCAAGUGUUUAAUGAGUUUAACGCGAGGAGUCUUGAGAAGAAGAAUGUGUUUGAAGGGCUACACAAGAACAGGCUCUUCGUUGGGAUUAUUGUGGUGACUGUGGUUUUGCAAGUUGUGAUGGUUGAGUUCCUCAAGAGAUUUGCUGAUACUGAGAUGUUGAAUUGGGGUCAGUGGGGAGUUUGCGUGGCGAUAGGGGCUGCGUCGUGGCCGAUUGGAUGGUUGGUGAAGUGUGUUCCGGUACCGGAGAAGCACUUCUUUAGCUACUUGAAAUGGAAGAAGAGAUCAUGAGAAGCUCUUUUAUGUAGAAAUGGAUUUGAUUUGUGCAUGGGAUUUGAAGUAACUAUUUGUUUCUUUUCUCCUAGUAUUAUUUGAAUAACAUUGAAUUCUUUACAUAUUGUUUAUAUAUAUAGUGAUAAAUUUAGAUUAAAAUCUUUUUACAAGGGGUUAACAUUUGAAUCUGUGGCAUGUUCUGAUACAUGAACAUGGACUCUCUUCUGGAAUGUAGUUAACCGGGCAUAUUCAAGUUGGAUAGGUAAAAGUUUUCACAAGAAGACACAGACUUUUGCAUCACACCAUGAACCAUCUUACCUUUGAAGAUCUUGAAGGUGGUGUUUUAACAACGGGGAAGACAUUUUUUUCGCCAGGUGUUUUCCUUGAUUCUGCACUCACCGAUUUCCUCUAGACUUUUCAAUGUCACGAAAUAGCCAAGACCUUGGUAAAAGCAUCUAUUAGGCAGAUGAGAAUAGCCUUAUGGCUCAUCAUGAGCCCGUUUGGAUUCACCUCAUCAGCUGGAAUCAAGAUUUGACUUUGAUGAACAUUUUUCAGCUUCUAACUGGGAAAGAUUCAGUUACAAAUCACGAGAGUUGUUGCACUAUUGUCACAUGACUAGGAAGGGAAAAAGAAAAAGAGAUCAUUGGGCAAAUAAAAGGGCAAAUUAACAUCUCAAAGGUGGUUUAUUUCUAAGAGAAUCUGAGUCAGAUGUCGUAAUCACAUUUUGAUUCAAGAUUGUGCAUUCUACAGUAGCAAGUUACCAGUUGUACCUCUUUACAUAAAAUAUUUACCAAAAUGAUCAACUUCAGGUUUUCUUUCAGACAUUUCAGCAAAGAGUUUGCAUUCAUGUAAACAUGCAAGUGCUACUCCACAACUUUGAAAAGUUGCAUAGAAAUAGCAAAACUGCUUCUUGUUUGUUUUCAUAUAAACACAAUCGUUUCAUAUGGUACAAGUUUUCACCAGACGGUGGUUUGAUCAAAUAUUACAGCUUUCCUAAAGGAAAAACAGUCUUUUAUGUAAUUUAUUUUGAAAAAAAAAGGUCCGGCCAGAUUGUUUAUAUAUAGGCUUCUCCUAUACAACUGUUGCCUCAAGGUCCACAA